UCGGCAAACAGAACCCUGGACCCCCGAAAAAUAAAAAGAACCCUAGACGCGGGUGCUCGCUCGAUCGAUCUCCUGCACAACCUCUCGUGCCCCUGGUCCGCGCUCAAAGCGCCGGCCGCGCUAGGGAGCCAUGGACCAGACGGAAGCCCUGCCGGAGGACGCGCUCGCGGGCAUCCUCGGCCGCCUCCGGCCGCGCGACCUCGCCGUGUGCCGCUGCGUCCGCAAGGCGUGGCGCGCCAUCGUAGACGCCAGCGGCCUGCUGUUCCCCCACGUCGUCCCGCUCACGCUGCGCGGCCUCUUCCUCAACUACAGAAACCGCACGAGCCCGCGCUUCUUCGCCCGUCCCGCCUCGACGCGGCAGCCGGCGGUCGACGGCGAUCUCGGCUUCCUGCCUCACUACGGCAGCGGCUCCAGACGGAUCGUGGACCACUGCAACGGCCUCCUGCUGUACCGUGACCUGAGGAGACUCUCCGUUGUUAACCCAGCCACCAGGCGUUGGGAAGACCUUGAGGAUGAUGGAUUCGACGCGCGCCUAGUGUUCGACCCUGCCGUGUCCCUGCACUACGAGGUGUUUUCGAUCUGGCUCGAGCCCGGGGAGGUGAUCACAGAGAACCCAGCCAAACCCGAUUUGAUUGAAUACCCACCAUCCACGUGGACGUUAAAUGUAUUCUCAUCCAGCACACGGCAGUGGGAGAAGAGGUUGUUUGUCCGCGAAGCCGAGGCUCCAGAGACGGUGACUAAUGUGCAACUAGAUCCAGUAGAGCGAAGAUCAAUGUGGUGGAACGGCCACUGGUGUUGCUCUAGCAGUGUCUAUUGGCGAGGAUCACUCUACCUGCUGCAUUGUUGUGGUGUGUUUGUUGUGAGGUUAUCUUUAUCAGACAGGAAAUACCGAGUGAUAAAAACCCCAAUAAAUAUCGAUGAAUGCAAAAAAGCACAGCCUUACAUUGGGAAAUCGGAAAAAGGCGUGUACUUUGCAUCAAUGCAUAAUAGUUUUCGACUUCAGGUUUGGACACUAGUGGAAUCAAGUGAACGGGUAGACUGGGUGUCGAACAGCAUUAUCGAUCUUAAGGCAUGUGCAACUGUAAAGUCACAUGGAUCGCACAAUAUGGAAGGAACCCUAAAAACUUGGAUUUUAGAUGGUGGUGGUGAUGAUGAUGAUGUAGAUGGCAACAACACAAGGACAAUGAUAGAAAAUUUGGAUUGGGACUCGGACGAUGAUAGCAUUGUGAAUAUUGAAGAUGCUUAUGAAGGUAUCUGCAAUCACAUCUGCUUUCUCGGGUUUCACCCCUACAAAGAAGUUAUCUUCUUGGGGUUAACAUCAUCCCAAGGAGGAGUAGGAGUGGCUUGUCAUUUGAAUGGCUCAAAAUUUCAGUAUCUAGGAAUACUAAGCCAACACACUUUCUGGCUUGGCAUACAAGGAUCGUUUCCGUACACCCCUUGCAUUAGUGGGCAUCUUCUAAAAAGCUUCAGAGAGUAGUGUAAAUAAUGCAUGGCACCCUGGUCUUUGGGUCUUUUUUUGUUUAUGAUUAUUUCCA